AAGAGAAGAAAGCGCAGGCGGUCGUGGAACUUUAUAAGAAGGAUGGCUGCACGCUGGGACUGACUGUAUCGGGGGGCAUCGACAAGGGAUGCAAACCCUUCAUCUCAAACCUACGUGCUGGCGGCAUCGCCCACAGGAGCGAUGCGCUGGAGGUGGGAGAUCGAAUUCUCUCCGUCAAUGGCAUUCGAACUCUCAACCUGAAACACGACGAGGUCAUCAACCUGAUGAAGAAUGCAGGUCAGAAGGUCACGCUAGAGGUCGAAUACGAGGUGCCACAGUCAC